AAACCCAGGAGAAAUAUUAACAACAGAAAGAACUAACAUCGAGGCAUAGCAGUCGUAACAGUCUCCGCCACGUGUCCCAUAUGCACUGAAUCCCCUGUCGGUUCCCCUUCACAACCGGUAGAAGCCACUGGACACGUGCCAGUUCUCUCUCUCUCUCUAUCAUCACCCCGCACACCAUCUCCACACAAACCAAAGCUGCUUUAAACCCCACAUCACUUUCCUCUUCCACCCACAUUCAUUUCCAAAUCCCACCACCACUUUUUCCGGUCAUAUUCCGCCGGAAAAUCCGCCACCACCACCGCAACCUCUUUUCUCAUGCUUUCCCAAUCCCUCCACCCCUCACCGGAAGUACCCCAACAUCACCGAAGACCCAAGUCCCCGGAAACCACCCUCACCGCCGUUCUUCAACCUCUACUCUCCCUUCAAAACCCUCGUUCAUGGAUCUUCUUAACCAUCCUCUUCAUCCAGAUCGUCCUCCUCUGCAACCUCCGUAGCUUCCCCACCUCAAUCUCCAUCACCCGCCGCCACCUCCCCACCCCCCUCGCCGCCAUCGACGAAACAACAACAAAUCCCUCCCAAAACGCCACCCUCCAUGAUAACGCCACCCUCCACGACUCUUCAUCUUCAUCUCCCUCCACCACCGACGACGACCAAUGUAGCUCCGGCAGGGUCUUCGUCUACGACCUUCCCGCAACCUUCAACCAAGAAAUCCUCGACAAUUGCGACAAUCUCAACCCGUGGAGCUCCCGCUGUGACGCCCUCGCAAACAACGGCCUCGGGCAGAGCGCGACCACUCUCGCCGGAAUCAUACCGGAGGAGAUUCUCCCGGCGUGGCACUGGACAGACCAGUUCGUCUCCGAAAUCAUCUUCCACAACCGCUUACUCAACCAUAAGUGCAGAGCCACAGAGCCAGAAUCAGCUACAGCGUUCUACAUCCCGUUCUACGCUGGACUCGCGGUGGGGAAGUACCUCUGGGAAAACGAAAACUCCACCGCAGAGGUUCGCGAUCGCCACUGUGACAUGAUGCUCCGGUGGCUCCAGGACCAACCGCAGUACAGAAGAUCCAACGGUUGGGAUCACUUCAUCACGAUGGGUCGCAUCACGUGGGAUUUUCGCCGCUCGAAAGAUGAAGAUUGGGGUUCUAGCUGCAUCUACAAGCCAGGGUUGAGAAACAUCACGCGCCUCCUCAUCGAGCGGAAUCCAUGGGACUAUUUCGACGUCGGUGUUCCCUACCCCACCGGAUUCCACCCUCGCUCCCUCUACGACGUCGCACGGUGGCAGAGUUUCGUCCGUGAACGCCGCCGGAGUGCUCUGUUUUGCUUCGCCGGAGCACCGAGACGCGCCUUUAGAAAUGAUUUCAGAGGGGUUCUGCUGAAUCAGUGCCGUGAAUCUUCCGGUUCGUGCCGCGCGGUGGAUUGCGGGAAGAAUCGGUGCGCGAACGGCACGUCGGCGAUCCUCGAGACGUUUCUGGACUCGGAGUUUUGCUUGCAGCCGAGAGGGGAUAGCUUCACGCGGCGGUCGAUUUUUGAUUGCAUGGUGGCCGGUUCGAUUCCGGUUUUUUUCUGGCGGCGAACCGCGUACUUGCAGUAUCAGUGGUUUUUGCCGGGUGAACCGGGGAGUUAUUCGGUUUAUAUAGACCGGAAUGCGGUGAAAAAUGGGACCUCGGUGAAGGCGGUGCUUGAGGGGUUUAGCAAGGAGGAGGUGAGGAGAAUGAGGGAGAAGGUGAUUGAGUACAUUCCGAGAUUGGUUUAUGCGAAGAGUAACGAAGGGUUGGACGGGAUGAAGGAUGCUUUUGAUGUUGCCAUUGAAGGUGUGCUGAGAAGGGUUAAGGAACAAGAACAACCUGGAUUUACAAAGUGGUAAAAUGCAUUGCUUGGUGUUAGAAUAUUUAGUAAAGGAUAAAUAAAUAAUUUGGUAGGUUAGAGGUUUUUUUUUGUUCUUCUUUCCUAAUAGGUUCUCUAUUGAGAUGUACCAUAUUUUGAUAUUGUGAUUCUUUUUAGCACUAUGGUUAUACAUUUAUGGAUAUUGGUAGUUCUUUUUACAAAAAUGUGGAGUAACUAGUAAGAACUUCACAUCCCAGAAGUUACAGUGACAUGAGUAAACCUUUUCCUCAAUAGGAUGCUUUCACAAGAAAUUGAAUUAGAAUCCCCUUGUACA